AUGGCUUCUUCCUUGGACAUGUCGCUUGAUGAUAGAAUUAAGAACAGGACUAACAGAGGCAGAGGCAGAGGACGUGGCAAAUCCCUUUCUGGCCGUGGAAGUGGGACUCUGGGAGGUGGAAGAAGGACUGGUGCUGUUAAUGGUAGAAGAAUGACUGGUCCUGGUAAUGGUGGAAGAGCAACUGGUGCUGUUCGUAGAGGCCCACUUAUGGUCAACACUCGCCCAUCAUCUUAUGCUAUUGCCAAGUCUAUUCGCAGAACCAAGCCUUUUCCAUGGCGCAAUGAUUUGUUUGAGGAUAGUCUUAGAGCUGCUGGAGUACAAGGAGUAGAAGCUGAGUCGAAGUUGUAUGUUUCCAACUUGGACAGAGGAGUAACCAAUGAAGACAUAAGGGAGCUUUUCUCUGAGCUUGGAGACUUGAAGCGCUAUGCUGUUCACUAUGACAAAAAUGGACACCCAACUGGAUCAGCUGAAGUGGUCUAUAAUAGAAGAAGUGAUGCAUUUGCUGCUCUUAAACGAUAUAACAAUGUACUUUUGGAUGGAAAGCCCAUGAAAAUCGAGAUCGUUGGAGCAAAAUCAGAAUUGCCUGUUACUGCACGGGUGAAUGUAACUGGGAUGAAUGGACAGAGGAAGAGGACAGUUGUAAUGACGCCUAGAGGUGGUCGAGGUGGAGGUCCUGCUGUGUCAAAUCGCGGUGCUGGUUGGGGACGUCGAGGUGGCUCAAGGGGCGGGAGUAGCAGUGGCCGUGGCCGUGGUCGUGGCCGUCCUGGCAGGGGUGGAGGUCGUGGUCGUGGAAGAAAGGAUGGAGUUGAAAAGUCAGCUCUGCAACUUGACAUGGAACUCGAGACCUAUCAUGCAGAGGCUAUGAACAUCUCAUAA